ACCAAAGAAGAAGAAAAAGUACACGUCAUAAACCUGGAAGCCUCCGCACAUUUCCUCCCAUCACUAAUUGAAAGGUUGCUAGCGCGACCUCCUGUGCUGUAGAAUGUAGUAUGGACCAUAGGACAGGACGAAGAAGUCCCGUUAAGAAGCUGUGGAGGCCUAAGAUGCUCUACUAGUCUGCUGGAAAUCCAAAGAAGACGAAGGAGUAAAAAGCAACAUGGCGUUUGACAGAGAAGGCCUAAACGUGGCCACUGGCCAUUAUUGUUUCUGUAUUUGUAUUUAGUGCAUACAUGUACGCAUAUAUGUCGUGUAGUAGAUGAAACAUUGUUAGUCAUUGUUUGUAUCCGGAUACAUUAGUCUGAGCGCACUUUAUGUGCUAGCUUAGCUUGCUAGUUAGCUUAGCUUGUUAGCUGCUAACAAAGAGACGCGGACGUUAUCAACACAUCGCUAAGUAGAGAUCAAAUGUGAGUGUAAAGUGUUGUGAUUGUGUGAAAAUGUGCGAAAGAACGAUAGCAAAGUAUGAGGAGGAACUUUGUCCAACAAAAGAGGAGAAGGAGCGACAACAUCAACUUAUGGACGCUGUUUUCAAGAAACAUCAAGUUGUGUUACACAGAACAGAGGUCCAGCAGUCCCCCCACAUUAAAGAGGAAGAGGAGGAUCUACAGCCCCCCCACAUUAAAGAGGAAGAGGAGGAAGUGUGGAUCACUCAGGAGGGAGAGUGUCUUCUAGGGCAGGAGGAGGAUGAUGUCACCAAGUUUCCACUGACUGUUGUCUCUGUGAAGACUGAAGAGCAUGAAGACAAACCACCUGAGUCCUCACAGCUUCAUCACAGUCCAAACAUCCAGCGGGUGUCAGCGGGGAGUCAUGAAGAGGAGUGGCACACCAGUGUGGGACAGAAGGAGCUACAGGCCCCCUCCCACAUUAAAGAGGAGCAGCUUCAUGAUGAAGAUGAAGCUCAGUCCUUACAGCUUCAUCACAGUCAAAGUGAGGAGAACAGAGGGGCGGAGCUUGUAAGUCAACACAUCACAGAAGCUGAUGGAGAGCAUUGUGAAGAUAUAAAGUCAGAACCAGACAGCAUCUUUGCUCCACUGUCAGACAUGGACCACAUGAUGUCUGAUCACAGUGACCACAUCCAAAAACCUUUGGAGAGUAAAAAUGACUCUAAAGGUGAUACGAGACAUCACACUAACAACAAACACUUUGACUGCUCUGAAUGUGGGAAAUCAUUUAGACAGAAGAGUAAUUGUACAGUACACAUGAGAAUACAUACUGGAGAGAAACCUUUUACUUGCUCUGUUUGUAAGAGGAGUUUCUCCAGUAAGGGUAAUAUGACCACACACAUGAGAACACACACUGGUGAGAAACCUUUUACUUGCUCAGCUUGUGCUAAAAGAUUCACCACUAAGAAUGAAAUGAUAUUACACAUGAGAACACAUACUGGAGAGAAACCUUUUAGUUGCUCAGCUUGUGCUAAACGAGUCAACACUAAGUAUGACAUGAUAUUACACAUGAGAACACACACUGGUGAGAAACCUUUUACUUGCUCUGCUUGUAAAAAGCGCUUCUCCACAAAGCGUGAAAUUACCGCACACAUGAGCAUACAUACUGGAGAGAAACAUUUUUCUUGCUCUUUUUGUAAGAUGAGUUUCUCCAGAAAGCUUGUCAUGACCACACACAUGAGAAUACAUACUGGGGAGAAACCUUUUCUAUGCUCAGUGUGUCCGAAAAGAUUCUCUGUAAAUUCCCAUAUGAAAAAACACAUGAGAACACACACUGGAGAAAAACCUUUUGUUUGCUCAGUUUGUGCUAAAAGAGUCAACACUAAGUGUGACAUGAUAGUACACAUGAGAACACACACUGGUGAGAAACCUUUUUCUUGCUCUGUUUGUAAGAAGAGUUUCUCCAACAAGCAUACCAUGACCACACACAUGAGAACACACACUGGAGAGAAACCUUUUACUUGCUCUGUUUGUAAGAAAAGUUUCUCCAACAAGCAACACAUGACCACACACAUGAGAACACACACUGGAGAGAAACAGUUUAGUUGCACUGUGUGUCUUAAAAGGUUCAUGUACAAGAAGCAGGUCAGUAAACACAAGUGUGUAACAGUCAUGGAAGCUGCAGGGAUUUAAAAUGUGCUAAAUGUACUUAAAUGUUUAAUAUGAAUGUAUAUAUUUGAUGUUGUAUGUAGUGCUUCUCAUUUUCUAGUCUUAUACGUUCUCCUGUAGUUACUUUUUAAUUUAUGUGCAUUUAUUGAAUAUUUUAUUUGUAGCUACUAUUUUAUUUUAUUUCCUCAAUGUUAAACAGAAGACAUAUUAUAAUUUUCAUUUGGUUUUGUGUCUUAUACAAUCAAAAAAGUUUCCCAUUCUAUUUUGUUGAUGUUAUUGUCCAAUUAAAAAUAUGAAUUAAUAAAAUUGUUAA